AUGGCACAGCAGGACUACGAGGUCUACAAACUCGGCGAUUGGGAGCUUCAGAGCAAAGAAAAGCUGAUCGACGCCCAUAUAGCAUACAAGACGUUCGGUAACCCGGAGUCGCCUGCUAUCGUGUAUCCCACGUGGUUUUCUGGGCUCCUCUCAGACAACUUUUGGCUUAUAGGGGAAGACAAGACCCUUAACCCAAAGAAUUAUUUCAUCAUUGUCCCUGCGCUGUUUGGGAACGGCCAGUCAACUUCUCCUUCAAAUUAUUCCGUUGACGGAGAGUGGCCGAAAUGUACCUUCUACGACAACGUCCGGGCCCAGUAUCAGCUUGUCACCGAGCACUUUGAAAUCAAGCAUCUGCGUGCUGUAAUCGGGUGGUCAAUGGGAGGCGCCCAGACUUAUCAGUGGGCGACGCAGUAUCCUGAUUUCAUGGACUUGGCUAUCCCAUUCUGUGGGGCGGCGAGGACUUCCUUGCACAACCAAGUCUUUUUAGAGGGAGUCAAGAGUGCUUUGCUCGCAGCCAAGGGUAUCCGCUCAGCUGGAUCUGGGCAAGGCGGCGUUAUUGUAUCGGGACAGACUUUGAGAACCUGGAGUGACAGUGAGAGAGAAGUAGGACUGAAGGCAUUCGGGAGAGGCUAUGCUGGCUGGGGCUUCUCACAAACAUUCUACCGGAAGAAGCUGUACGAGACUGAAUUGGGUUUUAAAGACCUGGAAGAUUUCUUGCAGGGCUUCUGGGAAAAAUGGGCUCUGUCAAAAGACCCAGGAAACCUACUAGCAAUGGCAGAGACCUGGCAGAACGGCGACGUCAGCCAGCAAGAGCCAUACGGUGGCAAUUUCGAAAAGGCCAUGGCUGCGAUAAAAGCCAAGACGCUGGUCCUUCCAGCGAAAACGGAUCUCUACUUCCCGUAA